CUCUUCUACAGUUGAAUGGUGGAUGCAAUAUGGUCAUAAUGUCCCAAACUUGCAACAGUUUGCUAUUAGAGUGCAAAGUUUAACUUGUAGCGCAUCCGGUUGUGAGAGAAAUUGGAGCGUGUAUGAACAUAUUCAUAGUAAAAAGAGAAAUAGGCUUGAGUUGACACGCCUCAAUGAUCUAGUGUUCAUCAAAUAUAAUAGAACAUUGGCGCGUCGUUACAAUGCUCGUAAUACCAUUGAUCCAAUUUUGUUGGAUAGUAUUGAUGAGGCAAAUGAAUGGUUAACCGGAGCACCCCAAGAUCACCAAGAUGAAGAAGUGUAUGAAGGAGAAAGUCUCACUUAUGGUGAUGUUUCUAUGGCAAGUGGUGUUGAGGAGAAUAUUUAUAGUUUUAGGAGGAGUACUUUAAGGGGCAAUGAAAGAGGAGCUAGAGGUUCCAGUUCAAGUCGAAACCUUGUUGAUGAGCCUUCUGAUGAUGAAGAAGAUGAUGACCAAGUAGAACCCUUGGUUAUGGCACUUGAAGAGUUUGAGGAUCUUGUUGAAGAAUAGGAGUUUGAUUCUUUUGUGAUUUAAUUAUGUUUUUGAUUUUUUGCUUUAUAUGUUAUGACUUAUGAGUAUUAUUGACUAUCUAUUUACUUUUAAUCUAAGAAUAUAUUACCUCUAUUCAGUUAUUUAAUAUUUUUUUAUUUUUAUACUAAAUAUCGCUUUACUUAAAAAAA